UGUGAUUUUUGGGAUAAAUAGUUUUACCCCAGAAGGUAGAGGCGGUCAUGUCGCCGUAAUAGUUAAUGAUACGAUUUAUUUUAUGGGAGGCUCACUUAAAGUUUCAGAUGAAAACCUAAUAAAAAAAAAGUAUCCAACAAGAGGUUAUAAUUUAUCAGAUGAAGUUUUUUCCUUAGAUCUUACGUCAUCAUUCUCUAGAGAUAACCCACCAUUUAUUGAUCUUUCUGGUGGCACUUCACGAAUGCUGUAUGGAAGUGUAAAGGGAACCGCAGUAUUAGGUGGAGCUGGCAGAGGCGAUGUGUAUCUCGUUGGAGGUACAUUACAAAACCUCACACUCCUUGAUCAAAUAGAUCAUAAUGAAACAAUAUCGAAUGAAUCAUUAAUGCUAAAUGAAUUAAUUAAUACUUGGAAUGUAACUGAUAGAGAUAAUAAAGAAUUAAAUAUUUUUGUUUACCGCCCAACUGCACAAUCUUGGAAAAUUCCUGAUAUUAAAGGAGGACCACCAAUUAGACGUAGAUCAACUUCAACAGUAAUAAGUCAGAAUGGAACGAUAUAUAUAUUUGGAGGAAGAGCCGAACAUGAUACUGGUUCACCUGACCUUAUUUUAUUUAACGAUACCUAUAUUUAUAAUACCGUUACGCCAGGAUGGAAUAAAAUUAAUGCAAGUAAUGCUCCUUCUGCUCGAAGUCAUAGUACUGCUACGUUACUUCCAAAUGGUAAAAUUCUCUAUAUUGGAGGUGUUUAUCAAGAUCGACCUAGAGAAGAUGCAAAGCCAAUUGAAAUGAAUGACAUCUCAGUAUUCGACACAAAUUCUUUAACCUGGUCAUCCAAAGCAUGCAUUCCUAUUCAGGCUCGAAUAGGCCAUACUGCGACCUUAACACCAGACAAUAAUGCAAUUAUUAUUAUAGGCGGAACCUCAAAUGCAACUACUGCAAAUCCGGUUUUUAUAAUGCUAGAUAUUAGAACUGAGCCUUAUGAAUAUUCAGAAUUAAAAGAUUCUGGAAUUCGACCGCCUACAUUAGCAUAUCAUACUGUAAAUUUAUAUCAGAAUUUUAUGAUUGUUGCCUUCGGUAAUAUUACUAAUGAUAAUUCUGGGUCUGUUAAAACUAAUCCUUCCAUUUAUUUAUUGUGUCUGCCGCGCCUAGAAUGGGUGACCACUUUUACACCCGACUACACGUGUCCUAUAAUACCAAAUCCACCAAUUCCUUUGAUUAUUGGUUCGACCGUUGCUUUUUAUGUGGUGUUUAUUGCGACUACAGUAGCAAUUAUAAAAAUUAAUCGUCAAUCAUUACUGGAUAAUAAGUUGAUGAUUAUUGCUAAUUGCUCUAUAGCGUUGAUCGCACUAUUAUAA